AUGGCUUCCGGACACCAAUCAGCGUUCUCUGCGUCCACCCAGCACCGCGCCUUAGGUGAUGGGCGAUCUUCCAUGAGCCAAGAUGCCGGUUCAGAGAAUGGCAGUUGGAACGAUGCAGUCCCCAGGUCGGGAAGGAAUGGGAGGUCUGGAUCUGGAGGUAGCGCUACCACCGGCACUCGAGGGCCUUCGUCGCUGGCCCCGUCGUUUGGCGGGCCCGGUAGCUUCAGCGCGGAGCUCAAGAGCAUGACCUCACGGAGUACGACACCGCGAGCCGAUGGAACCUACACACGACGAGCCAGUAAAUCGAUUGGCGAGGAAGACCUCAAUACUUCAGACGAGCGCGUGGCGUUUCUUCGAGGAAAGAUCGCCAAAGAAACAAAGAUCAAGACUGGAACAGAGAAUAUGCUCGAGGCACUGCUGGCAAAGCCUCCGAAGCAAACGAAAGAACAGCGCCUCAAGGUAGAAUCUGAGCUGAGCACAUCAAAUCGCAAACUGGCCGAGUUACAACACGAGCUUGAAGAAGAGCUGCUACGCGCGCAGGCGCCGGCCACAACUCCCCCACGCAGUCGACUUUCCAGCCUUUUUCGAGGUAGUCCCAUGCGCUCACCCUCCCGCAAUCAUAAUGGCGGGGGAUCAUUGGAUGGAUACCAAGAGGUCGACGAAGAUGGGAACAUGGAAUCCCCGACAUAUGUGUUGUCCGAAACCCUUCAGGCAUUAGAGAUCGAGGGUAUGUCGCCUGACUUCUAUGUGGAGCGCGCGAACAAUCUGGUCGAGUUAUUUAAGCGACAUCCGGCCCUCAAGUAUGACCUUGCAUGGCCUGUAUUUGGAUUGCGUGUUCAAAUCAUGCUCCUCAGCGACAGCAAAGAAGUGGUCGCCGCGGGCUAUCGGUUGACUCGCUAUGCCAUAGCAGAUCGGAAAUCCAUUCAAACCAUUCGCGCUCUCCACACAGAUGAACUCGUUAUCUUAUCUCUCGUCAAAGAGAGCAAAUCAAGCAUUGAAAGGGAACAAGCUCUCAAAUUCGUGAGAGCCUUUCUUGAUGUCAAAGAUGGCGUGAAGGAGAUAUCGCGUGCUGUCGUCCGCACAAUCGUCUCCGUGGCAGAGCACAACGAGGAUCGGCUACGCAACAUAUCCAUCAUGACUCUAGCGGAAAUGUUGAUCAAAGAUCCAGAGCUCGUUGCUUCUUCCGGUGGAUUCUCUGCUUUACACGAUGCAUUGGCAGAAGGCACAUUUGGUGCUUCGGAGAGUUUGAUAUCCAGCUUUUUGCAUAUCCUCGACACCCCACGCAGCCGGAAAUACCUGCAAGGAAGCGAACUAGAAGCUGUUUUAACGCCAUUCACCGAUUCUCUGGCAGACUCUCUUCGCAACGGGCGGUUAAAAUCUGCGGCUCGCGCGAUCUCUGCCAUGCUCAAGACGUGGCCUGGCCUUGUGAUUCUCGCUAGGAACAACGCGAAACCAUUGCAUUCUCUCUUAGAGUCAUUGCAUUAUCCCGACCCUCAGGCCCGUGACCUUAUCAUGGAACUGCUAUUCGAUGCACUGCGAAUAAAACCCCCGUCGUGGUCAUCUUCUUUCCUUGCCGGCAGGCGACUCACAACAUACGGUAGAGUUUCGAAUCUGCGUUCUGAUACCGAAUCAAGACACACACCUUCAUUCACCGAGAGUACCAGCAACAAAUUCGAUCUCACGGCGCACUUUUCAACCCUGAUACUGGCGGCUUUGAUCGAGGCCGGUCUGCCCAAAGCCCUUUCGGAUCUGAUUGAGGAUGAGACAGAUCCCUCACUCCGACGAAAAGCCACUCUUCUCCUGACUGAAGUGCUCAAGUUGGCCCAUCAUUCCCUGCCAUCGGCAACCAGUGCCAAGCUCCAAGUCCUUCCAAAUCUAAUCCCUCCCGCCAUCCAAUUCGAUACCGACAACCAUGACGUUUCAACAUCGACGAUUUUCCAGAUUGAAAGUAUCAAUCGGACAUUAGCGCGCUCCGGGGCCUAUUCAGGCCCAGGUCGUUACAACAUGGACGUGGAUUUCACGGCCCCUUUGCUACCUGGUGAACAAACAAAAGACAAAUUGAGCCCGACCAUGGAUGAACAAACAUUCCGAAAUGCCAUCAUGGAAACUCAUGUGUUGAACACCUCCAAUUACAUCAAGUGGAAGUGGGAUCUCAUUCACCGUCUCGUCGAGGGUCCGCUCACGAACCCUAAGCGCAUGGAUGAGGCCAUCAAAGGCUCGAAAUUCAUGAAGCGACUUAUUGGAUUCUACAGACCUUUCAAAUACCGCUUCGCUCUUGUGCCAAACACGAAGCCAAAUCAGCGUUACGUUCGGACUGGUUGUGCCUUGAUGCGAACCCUUGUCCAGACUCCUGAAGGCACAAAGUAUCUCGCCGAGAACAAGUUUUUGCGGCAGGUCGCCGAAUGCCUUGCACAAUUGGACCGAAUGAGCGGGCUAACCUCUGCAUCCCCACUUUUCUCACGAGACCAGAUGACCAACACGAUGAGUGGGGGCCACCUGCGCGUUAUGCUCUCAAAAGCCCUCACGAUCGGAUCCAAAGAAAUCCGCAUCUUUGCAACCAAGCUUCUUCGCAAGUAUGCUGUCGGCAGUGAUACUGUGCCUACGCAUGAGGCAAUUGGAAAUGCGGAAUGGGUUGUUAAGCUUCUUGUGACUCAGCUAUACGACCCGGACGUCACGGUUUGCCAAAUUGCCGUGAAGAUUCUCGAAGAAGCAUGCAACCAGCGUGACUAUCUCGAGUACGUGGUCAAAUGUCGGCCUUCUCUUGAUCACUUGGGUGAGAUUGGUGCACCUUUGCUUCUGCGCUUCUUAUCGACUUCAGUCGGCUACCAUUACUUGGACGGUCUGGAUUACAUCACUCAAGAGAUGGACGACUGGUUCCUCGGUCGAAACGACUCAUACGUGGCCCUCGUGGAAGCGGCUUUGUCAAGAGCCUACGUUGAUCAACCACGACGCAGUAGCUAUGCACCCGAAGACCUGGUUGAUAUGCAAGAUGUCGGUGUUGUGCCCCCACACUUUUACCGAGAGCUUGCUCGAACUGCCGAGGGCUGUAAGCUUUUGGAGCAAUCAGGCCAUUUUAGCGAAUUCGCAUGGACAAUCCGAGAUUUCAAACUCGAAGAAGAAGAUUACGAGGUGCUCCUCAAGGUUAAGGGAUGUCUCUGGGCCGUGGGAAAUGUCGGGUCGAUGGAACUUGGCGCCCCGUUCCUCGAACCAGAGAUUGUGCAACGCAUUGUAACGAUAGCCGAGAGCGCAGGUGUUUUGACGAUGCGAGGCACUGCUUUCUUCGUCUUAGGGCUGAUCUCCCGCAGCAAACACGGGCUACAGGUAUUGCGAGGUCUUGGAUGGGACUCUGCCAUUGACCAGAAUGGACAUAUUCUAGGCUUCUGCCUACCGACAGACCAUCGCAAGCUAUUCCUGAUCUCCUUCCCGGGGUACAAAUCGGAUGCCAAACGUACAUCCCAAAAUAAACUCAAGGAGGCAACGACAGACCCGGACGCAACCAAUCAGAAGAUCCUGAAGUUGAUUGUCGAUAUGGGCAACACCGUUCUUUCGAAGCGAGCAGCCACAGACCUGCAUAGGUAUCGUCUCUCACCUCCCGAUUUCUGCGAGUCACUACUAAUCAUACAUGGCCAUAGCAUCAAAUCCAAACAACCUGAAAAAUUCCACCAGGUUCAUCUUUUCGGCAAAACCCUAUGUAUUCUCGAGAGUCAUCAUUUCCGACUACCAGCUCGGCGCUUCGCCAUUGAUUUAUUCGACAAGACCGUCAUGCGCCGAAUCGUUCUCGACGAAGAUUCAUCCGGAACGGAUUCUGAUUCAUCUUCAUAG